AUGGGACACGGUAUCAGUCAACACAGUGGUAAAGGACAGCGACAUACUCAUUGCCAUGGGCAGCGACGACGCGAACAUCGCCGUCACAAUCACUGUCAUCGUCGUAAUCAAAAUGCAUGCUGUAACCGUCAGCCUAUACAACAAAAUUAUGAACCAGUUUUAGCAGCUACUUUUCAACAAUAUCCCUCUGCUCUACCUCCAACUGCACCCCCUUAUGAGACACCACCUCCACCAUAUAGCUCACUGCAACCACCAGCGUAUCGAUAUGAAUAG